ACGGCGCCGGCCGCUCCGCCCGGCGGAGCCGAGAGCGGCAGCUGCGGCGGGGGCGAGCUGCGCGCUUGCUCCACCGUCAGCCUCUCCGCAACGGAAAAUGGGAGAAACCGCAGCCGAGUCUCCGGGGCUUCCCGAUGAGGGCGGUGGCGCCAUGUCCGCCCCAGCUCCAGACGGGAGGGACCGGCUCCCCGCCGCCAUUCUGGCUCCGCCCCCGGGCGCUGCCGCGGGGCGAUGGCAGCGCCGGCCCCGCCGGAGCCCCCAGCCUGGAGGCGGCGCAGACGCCGCCCGCGCAUGCGCCUCAGCGCGUUUCUUAGCGACGAAGCGACGCCAUGAGCGGGGCCCGGGCCCUGCUGCUGGCCCUGCUGCUGGCGCGGCUGCCCGCCCGCGGCCUCGGCCCCGCACCGGCAGCCGCCGCCGAACUCGCCGCGGGGGCCGCGCGCCGGGCUGCUCCCCGAAGCCAGGACGCGGCCGGGGGCCGGGCCGCCGCUGCCGCCGCCCCGGGCUCCGCCGCCCAGCUCCCCGCUGCCGGGCCUCGCCGCGGCCGUCCCGCUCCUCCGCUCCGCCGCCGCCCGCGGGCAGCCGGCGCCGUGCUCCGCCGCCCCGACCGCCACCGGCCGCCCGGCGUCUCCGGCCUGCGCGGCCCCGCCGCGUCCCGCCGCUCCGGCGGCAGCAGGUCUGUGAGCCAGGUGUGUGUAGAGAAAUCGCUUGUGUUCAGAAGUAACACCCCUUAUGCUACUGAUAUCGUUGCUGUUCCUGGUGGACGUGAUCUGCUGUUCUGUGUGCAGCUGGAUGGCUCAAAGCUGAACUAUUUCCAGCAGCCACAGGAUAUUAAGGAAUCUGAUUUUGUGAAGUUUUUAGAGAAGUACGGCAGACACUCUUUCUCAGCCCCAUCACAAGUCCAGCCGUCGUCCUCUGCCUUCUACCGGGCUGGUGAUCCCAUCCUGAUCUACUUUGAUUCGUCAUCCGUACUGAGCACGCUCAGGCAGCCAGUGAAAAUGGGAGCCAGUGGACUCUGUGUUGAUGGAAAUCCUGCUGGCUUCCUGGACAGUAAAAGCACAAGCUGUACUCGGAUUUUUGCCAACUUGAGCGAGAGCUGCGUUACUGACCCUGCCCUGGAUGCUGCCUCCUACUACCGUGACUUCUCUGUGCUGAAGGUCCCGGUUAACGACACCAUCGUGCAGUCCAUGAAGGUAAAGGUCACCGCGGUGGCAGCACCUGGAGUGCCCCACAUGAAGGAUAACACAUGUCACAAUGUUGUUUCUCAGGUGAUCUAUGAGAUCGAAUUCAGCGGCACACGUGGGAUCCAGAGCGUUUCUGUCCGGUUCAAAGUCAGCAGCGUCUCUGGGAGCGCGGGAUCCGCUCUGCAGCAGCGCUUCACUUUCCGCUUCUGGACCAGGAGUCUUUCUCAUACGUUGCCUAGAAGUGGGAACCCUGGCUACAUCCCCGAAGCACCAGUGCUGACUGCACGCAGUGGUGCCACGCAGCACAUGAGCGUUUUACAAAGCGAAGGUGAUGGAAGUUGCUCACGGUUCCUCAGACACACAGUACAAUUUGGAAGAAAUACGAGGACAGGCUGCAAGCUCAGCCUGUCCCAAAUACCGGAGGACAGCAGCUGCAGUCAGGCGCAGCAGCAGUUGCGCAGGGCUCUCCAGGGCCCGCGCGGAGCAGGCCUGGCUGUAACUGGCAGCGCUCGCUCCGGCCGGGCGGAAGAGUGGACGCCCGUUCUGAUUCAGAACUGCAGUGUGCAGGCUGUGAAUUGUACUUCCUGUUGCAUGGUUCCUGUGACCCUGGAGAUACAGAUAUUGUGGACUAAGGUUGGCCUCCUGUCCAACCCACAAGCUCAGAUACUGGGUGCACGAUACCUUUAUCAGUGCCAGCCCCUGAAGGUAUGGAAUCUAAACCUGCUCCCUGUCACAGAGUUCCUCAGCACAAGCGCGGUACCUUUGGCGGCUGUUGUUACUUUCAUGGACGUGACGGAAUGGCCAGAGCCCCCGCGAGGCCAGCCCCAAGUGCACUGGAAACUCCCAUUUGACAUCUUUUUCCCAUUCAAGGUGGCAGUGAGUUUUGAAAGAAGUUAUAGAGGUGAUCUGGCUGCCUGUUUUUUGUUGAUUCUAAUAAUGUCUAGUAUUCUCUGCUUUUGAAAAGUCAAAGAGACAGGGCCUGUCAGUGAAUUGAUACGUGCAGAAAAUGAUGCAGAUCAUGGACUUUUCUCCUCACUGUGCCUGUGGUACCGAUGUGCCUCCUGUUCCUGGACGGAGCUGCGUGGCGAGCUUUGCGCUGUGUCCUCGCACGCCCCUGUUCUCCGUGCGCACCACCUGCAACCCUCACUGCAGUGAAACACUUGAGGGAUCCAGAGAAAUCGCAUUAACGAAGAACAAGGAGGACGUUGAAGUGAACAUUCCCUGUUCCUAGAAACCAGGAGUGCUUUUAAACCAAGUUCAGUGCAAGUGUUUUGGAGCUGCAUUCGGUCAUCUUUCUGUUGGAGAAGGACCUGAGUUUUCUAUGUGGAACUAACUGAACAUUUAAAAUACAGGAGUGCCCCCCAGCUGGCCUGAAUUACUAUUUUUUGAGUAGACGUGUCGCCAGUCACCUUGAACCUGUCCUCGUUACGUGAUGACUGUGCCUCUGUGACAGGUUUUGACUCUUAUUUUUCUGUCUUUUCCAAUACAGAUAUGCAACUGAAAUUUGUGUUUUAAUCGCUGUUAACAUUGACAAUAGUGUUACACAAAGCAAAGUAAUUGUAACUGUCUCAUCCUCUGAAAUAUAGUUGAAUUUUAGUUGUUUGUCAA